AGACUUCUAAAAAGAACCUAAUAAAAAAGGGCAGAUAUAUUUAAUAUUUCCCUAUGUAAAGCCAAAAACCCUAACCAUCUCUUCCUUUUGAAUUCUCUUGUGUCUUUAUCCAUAUAUUUACUAGCUCUGUUUCCAUUUUAUUUACACCUUUUUUCGGUUCUCUUGACUCUUUCUUCUCUCUUGCGUUUCUUUCUUAACUUUUCAAGGGUUGUUACUGUUUUUGUUUCUUUAAGGCAGCCAUGAAUGCUCUUGCAGCUACCAACAGGAACUUCCGCAAUGCAGCUCGCAUUCUUGGUCUUGAUUCUAAGCUUGAAAAGAGCCUUUUGAUCCCUUUUAGAGAAAUCAAAGUGGAAUGCACCAUCCCGAAAGAUGAUGGUAGUCUGGUUUCUUAUGUUGGAUUUAGAAUCCAGCAUGACAAUGCUCGUGGCCCGAUGAAAGGCGGCAUCAGAUACCACCCUGAGGUUGAUCCUGAUGAGGUGAAUGCUUUGGCUCAACUAAUGACAUGGAAGACAGCAGUAGCAGACAUUCCAUAUGGUGGAGCUAAGGGCGGUAUCGGCUGUGAUCCUAGGGAGUUGAGUUUCAGUGAAUUAGAGCGCCUUACUCGGGUUUUUACUCAGAAAAUCCAUGACCUUAUAGGAGCUCACAGGGAUGUUCCUGCUCCUGAUAUGGGAACUAAUGCACAGACAAUGGCCUGGAUGUUGGAUGAAUACUCAAAGUUUCAUGGUCAUUCACCUGCUGUUGUUACUGGAAAACCAAUUGAUCUUGGGGGAUCAUUAGGCAGAGAGGCAGCAACUGGACUUGGAGUAGUUUUCGCAACAGAAGCUUUACUUGCUGAAUUGGGAAAGUCAAUUUCUAAUAUGAAGUUUGCCAUCCAGGGUUUUGGAAAUGUGGGAUCUUGGGCAGCUAAGUUUAUUCAUGAGAAUGGAGGGAAGGUAGUUGCUGUUAGUGACAUUACAGGUGCAGUUAAGAACCCAGAGGGACUCAAUAUCCCAGCUCUGCUGAAACAUAGAGAGAAUUCCCAAAGCUUGAAGGAUUUCGAAUUCGGAGAAAAUAUGGAUCCUAAUGAAUUGCUUGUUUGUGAAUGUGAUGUUCUGAUGCCAAGUGCACUAGGUGGAGUUCUCAACAAGGAAAAUGCUGCUGAUGUGAAAGCUAAAUUCAUAAUAGAAGCUGCAAAUCACCCCACUGAUCCAGAAGCAGAUGAGAUUUUGUCCAAGAAAGGAGUGAUUGUUCUCCCAGACAUCUAUGCAAAUUGUGGUGGUGUUACUGUCAGUUACUUUGAAUGGGUCCAGAACAUUCAAGGGUUCAUGUGGGAUGAGGAGAAAGUAAACUGUGAGCUUAAGAAGUAUAUGAGAAGAUCUUUCCAACACAUAAAGGCAAUGUGCAAGACUCAUGAGUGCAACCUGCGAAUGGGAGCCUUCGCUCUGGGGGUUAAUCGGGUUGCUCGCUCUACUCUGCUCAGGGGCUGGGAAGCUUGAUCAUGGAGAUCUUGCUUCCUCCUCUAAUAUGUAGUAACUGGUAAUUGACGAAAACUUUAGGAGUCCAGUUGUAGUACUUCAUUUAGCUUUCCAGUUUUGUUCAGACUUUGAAUGCUGUAUGCUCAACUAAGAAAGAACAUUUUUAAUUAUAAUAAAAAAAAAAAAAGAAGGAAAGGGCUCAUUUACCAGUUUAAAUAAGCUUUAAUAUAUUGCAGAUUCUCAACAACUACAUAAGCAAUAAAAUUAAAGAAGAUAACAUGAUAUGUAUGCAAACCUCAAGAAAAUCUUGAUUAAAGUGGGAUAUGAAUUAAAAAUCAAAUUCUCAUCAGCAAAUACACAAUUACAGCAACAUAAGAUGAAAACUGAAUACAACAAUUAAAA